AUGGCUGCAAGAAGAGUUAAAGGAAAAGACAGCAAUGCGGUUACCGCCAUAGCCAUUGACAAAGACAAGAACAGCCAACACGCUUUGAAGUGGGCUGUUGAGAAUAUUGUUGUCAAUUCUCCAAACUGUAUCCUUCUCCAUGUUCAAACCAAACUGAGAAUUGGUGCAGAAGAGAACACAGAAGCAGACAACGAAGAAGAAGCGCAUCAGUUCUUCCUUCCCUUCAGAGGCUUCUGCGCUAGAAAAGGAAUUAUGGCAAAGGAGGUUCUGCUUCACGAUAUUGACAUAGCAAGUGCAAUUGUUGACUACAUCAACAACAACUCCAUUGCAAAUAUAGUCCUUGGAGCCACUGCAAGAAACUCCUUCCUCAAGAAGUUUAAGACCGUAGAUGUGCCAGGGACUCUGCUUAAAACAACUCCAGAUACAUGUGCUGUCUUUGUUGUGUCUAAAGGCAAGCUAUUGACAAGCAAAUCAGCGAGUAGGCCUCAGACACCUCAACACUCUCCCCAGCCUCCAAAACCACACCCACACUCUGCCAUAUCCGAUCCUGGCCCGGCAAGCUCCAUCACUUUCAGUGAUUCCGGAAGGUCAUCUCCUGCAUUAAACGGAGGUUUCUCUCCACCUACAGCUCAUUUCACGCCAUCUAUAAUUAGGAGUUCUCCCUCAAGGUUUAGCAAUGAACUCUCUCCCAGCGGUCACAGUGGUGAGUCAAAUGCGAGUUUCUACAGCAUCCUAGGUAGAUCAACCUAUGGAGGAAGCUCUCACUCUUCCACAUCCAUGUCCGAGUUAGCCGAUGGAGAGGAACGCUUUUCUGGGAGCAGUUAUAUCACUGAACAGAAUCAUAAUCUUGAAGCAGAGGUGAGAAGAUUGAGACUCGAAUUGCAACAGUAUAAUGUUUCCAUGGGCAGAGAAAGUGCCCCUCAUCUUCAAGGACCAAGCGCUGCCGCCGAAUCUGUAAAGUUGAAGGAAGCAAAGGUAGCAAGGGAUAUGCUUAGGGCAAUGUCUGAGAUGGAUAAGCAUAAAACACAGAGUCAGAUCCAAGCUACUGAAAUGGCGCGCCGUCUUGCGGAAAUGGAGAAGCAGAAGAGAAGACUCGUGGAGAUGCAGGCCAGGUUCAAGGAACAGGACAUGGCCAGCAACGUAUCUUACAGAAGAUAUAGCAUCAGAGAUGUCGAAGGUGCAACCGACGGUUUUUCGGAUGCUCAAAAGAUUGGGGAAGGAGGGUAUGGACCUGUGUAUAAAGCCGUUCUCGAAAACACUUCCGUUGCUAUCAAAAUCUUGAAGUCAGACGUCUCACAAGGCCUGAAGCAGUUCCAACAAGAGGUUGAGGUUCUGAGUUGCAUGAGGCACCCUAACAUGGUGAUCCUCCUCGGUGCUUGCCCCGAGUAUGGUUGCCUCGUGUACGAGUAUAUGGAAAACGGAACGCUAGAAGAUCGUCUCUUCUGCAAAGACAACACUCCACCACUGUCUUGGAGAGAACGGUUUCGAAUCGCUGCUGAGAUUGCCACAGGGCUUCUUUUCCUUCACCAGGCCAAACCUGAGCCACUAGUGCACAGAGAUCUGAAGCCAGCAAACAUACUGCUAGACAGACAUUUGAAUAGCAAAAUCAGUGACGUUGGCUUGGCUCGGUUGGUGCCUCCCGCUGUUGCUGAUAGCUUCACCAAUUACCACAUGACAGCUGCAGCCGGUACGUUUUGUUACAUUGACCCCGAGUACCAGCAAACGGGAAUGCUUGGAGUGAAGUCUGACUUGUACUCGUUCGGUGUGGUGCUUCUGCAAAUCCUCACAGCUAUGCCAGCGAUGGGAUUAAGCCAUAGAGUGGAGAAAGCACUUGAGAGAAAGAGACUCAUAGAAGUUUUGGAUCCCAAAGUAUCAGACUGGCCUGAAGAAGAGACUCAGGUGCUAGCUCAAUUGGCUUUGCAGUGCUGUGAGCUGCGGAAAAGGGACAGACCUGAUCUUGCUACCGUUCUGUUGCCUGCACUGAGCAAGCUAAGGGAGAUUGCAACAGAGGAUCAACUCGGUUCCCCGUUCCCCAAUAUCUUCUUCCUCUCAGUGGAUGCAUUGAGAAAUUCCUCUUGA